GCUGUAGAGCAGAGAAAAAAAGCACUCUGGAAACAUUCUUCACUCAUUGCUUCAACAUUCUGUUGUCUCUAUCUUGCCUCACCUCCCUUCCUGCACCUGCUGGACUCUGAGCUGAGCAGGUAGCCUACAUCUGCCAACCUGAGCCAAGCCAAGCCGAGCUAGACCAAACUGUCUUCAGUCGCUAUGGAUAUUGCCAUCCAGCACCCUUGGUUCAGACGCGCCCUGGGCUCUGUCUACCCUGCCCGACUCUUUGACCAGUUUUUUGGAGAGGGCAUGUUUGACUACGACCUCUUCCCCUAUACUGCCUCCUCCAUCAGCCCCUAUUACAGACAGUCGCUGUUCCGCAGCUUUUUGGAUUCUUCCAACUCCGGCAUCUCUGAGGUGAGGUCUGACAGGGAUAAGUUCACAGUCUACCUGGACGUCAAGCACUUCUCUCCUGAUGAGCUCAGUGUGAAGGUCACUGAUGACUACAUGGAGAUCCAGGGCAAGCAUGGAGAAAGACAGGAUGACCAUGGUUAUAUCUCUCGUGAGUUUCACCGCCGCUACCGCCUCCCCUCCAGUGUUGACCAAUCAGCAAUUACCUGCACCCUGUCAGCUGAUGGUCUGCUGACACUGACCGGGCCAAAGGUCUCCGGGGGGAGUGACUCCAGCCGCAGCGAGCGCAGCAUUCCUGUCACCCGUGACGACAAGCCCAACGCUGCUGCGUCCUCCUAAAGGCCAAAUGGUGGGGGUUGAUCAGGGGUGCUGGAGGGCCUCGACUCUCCUACACCCUGCAUCGACUGGUGGUGGACGACCACAGAAUCUCUAUCUUCCACCCCUUGGCUUCUUCUUCUCCCUUUCCCUUAGAGGAUAUCUGUGUCCUCCUCACUUCACUUUCUCCUCUGUAGAUUCUUCAUAGCACACUCUUACAGAAUUAUUAGUAUUAUUGUUUUGAGCUUAACAAAAAUCUCCCCAUGAGGAUGGUUAAGCAAGGGGCAGCUGGAGUUUUUAAGGAGAAACUCAUCUAAGGACGAGACGAUGAUGAUCAACACUUCAUUCUGCUGAUUGUUGUUGAUCUGUGUCAGAGCGAGCCUUCUGACAGUACAGAUGGUUCGGGUUAAGCUUGCAGGUCAAUGUCACACGUCUUGUCCCAGAUUUUCCAUCAGUGAAGUUCUCUGAAGCCUUGGCUGCUUCCAUUCUUGUGCUGACUCUUUGAAUCCUCUCCUAUCUUGUCUUAAACAUAUCUUGUACUGUAGGCUAGGCCUUGUUCAAUGGAUACCUGCUCAUUAGUGAGUCCAUACUAAAGAAACAUACAAUAAAGCUGUACAAUUAAUAAAAGGCAA